CACACACACACACACACACACACACACACACACACACACACACACACAAACACACAGCCAGUGCCGGGCCAGACCCCAUCAGCCGAGGAGGCGUGUGAGGCACCUCUCGCCGCCCCUCCACCCACGCCACGCCCUCCCCACAGGUGGCCGGGGCUUCGGGCAGACUCCGUGUGGUGUGACGCCCCCCCAAAAUUCAACGACCACGACCCCCUCAUCACCCCCAACGACAACCCCCCACCCCUUCCCCCCCAUCAUCACCACGUGGGGGGUUAGAAGUGCUGGCCCACCCCAUCCUCCUCUUCUCUCUUUGACCCCCUCCCUCUCCUCCCCCCGUCAUUUUCCCCCUUCCUCCCCCUUCCCUCCCCCCUUCCUCUCUGCUUGUAGUGCUUCGUGAGAGAGAAAUGAACGGACAGUAGUGAAAGGAAAAUAAAAAAAGAAAAGUGAGAGAAAGAGAAGAAAAAUAAAGAAAAAUAUUGAAGAAAAGGAAAAGUAUUAGAAAAGUAAAAAGUGAAAAAGGAGAAAGAGAGGGAAGUAAGGCAGAGAAAAGAAGGAAAACGGUUAGAAAAGAAAAGAAAGAAGGAAAAAAAGGAGAAGAAACGAGAGACUAUUUGAAAAGAAAGAAAAAAAAAGGACAGCAGAUAUAAAGAAAAAUAUAGUGAGUAAACAAAACCAAAAAAAUAGUGAUAUUAACAAAGAAAAAUAAAGAAAGUGAGGAAGAGAAACAAAGAAAAAAAGUGAAAUAGAAAGAAAACAAACAAACAAAAUGUGUUGAGGAAAUAGAAAAGAAAUAGGAAAAACUUAUAUUUGUUUGCUUGUUUGUUUCGGUGAAGUUAACUUGAGAUGCGAAGGAAGUGUUAGAGGAGGAAGAGGAGGAAGAGGGAGGAGAAGGAAGAGAAGGAGGAGGAGGAGGAGGUGUUGCUGGUGGUGGUAGAGAGAGAGAGAGAGAGAGAGAGAGAGAGAGAGAGAGAGAGAGAGAGAGAGAGAGAGAGAGAGAGAGAGAGAGAGAGAGAGAGAGAGAGAGAGAGAGAGAGAGAGAGAGAGAGAGAGAGAGAGAGAGAGAGAGGAGGAAAAAAGAAAACAAAGAAAGGGGGAGAGAAAGGGACACAAGAAGAGGAGACAAGAAAAGAGAAAAAGUGAAAAAAAGGAAAGAGAGAAAACAAAAGAUUAGAAAAACUAGGAGAAAAAUAAAUAAAAAAGGAAAAAAAGGAAGAAAAAGAGAAAGUAGAAGAGAAAUCACAGAGAAAAAGGAAGCAGAGAAAAAAAUAGAAAGGAGAGAAAAAGAGAAAAGAGAAAAAAAGAAUAAAAGGAAGUAGAAGAGAAAAGAAAGAAGAGAAAAAAAAAGAGAAAGACGUGGAAGAGAAAAACAGACAAAGAUGGAGAACAAGAAGACAGACAGACACAUCAGGAAGGAGAGGAGUUUUUCACAUGUAUAAGAGACACUGAAAAGACAUAACAAUAGCCUGACAAAGCAAGAGAAAGCGGAAAAACAAGAAAAUGCAAAAAAAUCUAAGUUUGACAAUAGAGAAGAAAAAUUAUGAAUAAACGAAACAUACCAAACGGCACCAAUACAGAACUUCACACAAGCUAAACUGGAAGACAAGGAGAAGAAAAAAACAAAGAAAAAACGACUCAGUACCAAAGGAAACCAAAGAAAACCCAAGAAAACCAAACAGAAAACCCGAACCAGUGCACCCCCAUUGUCAAUCGAGCCUAGCCGAGUGAGGGCCUGGCCGAUGGUGGUAUUGCUUUAGUCGACCUCGGAGGCGGCGCUGCGGAGGCCUGAUGCUGCUGAUACAAGUUCCUAUGGGCGGGAAGGGACGACGGGUAGCCUUCCACACCCCGCCCAAGGUGGGCGAGGUGAGGGGAGGAGGAGGAGGAGGAGGAGGGGGAGGGGGAGGAGGAGGCCAGCAACAGACAGACAUGGCAGCAGCCGUGAAGAAGGAGAGGAGCUUCGUCAGGCACCACCACCACCACCACCACCACCACAACCAGCAGCAGCAGCAGCAGCAACAACAACAGCAACAGCAGCAAGGCCAGCAACAACAGCAAUACCACAACAAUAACAACAAUAACAGCAAGAAUUACGCACGGGAGCAGAUUCGCCGACGCAGCGCGAUGCCCGCCACGAACCGAAGCAAGCCCGCCAUGGAACUGUACCGACCCCCGACGCUGCGAGGCCCCGGCAUCUUCGACAACGGGGAGGUGGCUUUCAACGGGAAGAUCCCCCAGAACGGCGCCUUGGGGGACCAGCGCGCGGGGCUCAACGUCAACGCGCGGGAGUUCGUGUCCUCGUCCGGCGGCGCCUCGAGGACGGCCCUUCAGCACUCCAAGUCUUCCAGCAGCGUGCCCUACCAGGGCCGCCAAGGGGGUCUGCAACACUCCAAGUCCGGGAGUAGCCUACGACAGACCCCCCAGCACUCCGCCUACGCCCCAGCCUCCCCCUUCGACGCCCCCCCGCCCUCCUCCUCCUCCCCCCCGCGGGUCCACUUCAGCGACGACAAGGAAAACGAACCGGAAAUGAAGUGCGGCCCGCUGCCCCGCCCCCCCUCCCUCGCCUUGUCCUCCAUCACCCAGCUGGGCAUCAAGAGGUCAAAGUCGCUGGGCUCCGCUGACCUCCGCGCCUCCCAGCUCCUCGAGUCGUGUUCGGCGAUGCCUGACCUCGGCCCCUUCUCGCCCGAGGUCAUGGCCGGAAUUACUCGCGCGGCCAACGACCCCAACAGCGUGAGCGCCCGUCAGCUGAUGGAGGUGGUGCGCCACGUGUUCACGCGCGUGGUGGAAGCCUCCCGCCACGCCGAGCCCGCCGCCAGGCUCUGCAUCUCCAUUAUACAGAAGGAGAAGAACGAGACCUUCCUGGAAAGCCUGCUGAACACCUGCCAAGAAUACUUCCAGGAGCGGGACCGCCUGCUGCGUAACAACCCCCCCGCGCCCUACCCCGGCUUCGUCCCGGCGCACCCCCGAUGGAUCGCGUACAUGACCUUCCUCAACGAAAUGUACACACAGCUGAAGAGGCGUCACGUUCAGCUGAUGACGAAGAGGAUGCGGAACAGUGAGACGCCGCCCGGCCUGCUGCUGCUGACCCUCCUGGCGCAGUGCUGCCAAGUCUGCCUCAAGGAGAACGCCGUCAACAGUCUGGCGGAGACGGAGUGCCUGUUCUUCGUGCUGACGGGCGUGGGCAAGGACAUCGAGGUGGAGCUGCCGCACCAAAUGAGCCGCGUCAUGACGGCGGCGCGCGACGCCUUUCUGACCACCGUGCGCGUGCCCGCCGUGCGCAAGACGCUGCUGCAGCUCAUCGAGAUGCACGCCGCCCGCUGGCAGCUGCCCGCGCCGGCCGUCAUGUACUACUACCCCGGCAGCGGCACCAAGUAGUGGGCGCCGCGGCGGCACCGGAGUGGCCCGCCGACCCGCUGCCCGACGACCCCGCCCCGCCCCACCCCGCCCCGCCAGAGCACUUGCGGGCGUGCUGCCGGGGCGGCCGCGGGCGGGGGGCAACCGCCUGGCUCACACAGCUCAUCGAUCGACCGAUUUUUAAACGAUUCUCGAUUUUCCGAGCGUCAGCACGAGUGUUGACGCUCGGCCGCUCAGCGAGGCCGCGCCGGGCGUUGCGGCGCCCGGCGCGGCGCGGCGCAGUGACGAGGACGACCGUCAGGCGCCGCCGCCGCCGCCGCCACGCGGGGCGGCGGCGCUCGCGAGAGAAAUGGAGUUUGGAUUCACUUUUUUCUUGUGCGGCGGCACCGCCACGCCGCCGCGGGCCCGUCUUGUCUCGGCGCCGGCACCGCGCCGCGCCCUGACACAUUUGUCUGCCCUUCCCCCCCGCCCCCCCCGCCACGCCAGCCACGCCCCCUCAUGUAUCAUUAACACUAUCUUGUACUCGUAUUACUCGUGCCACGGGGCGGGUCGGCCGGGGCGGGGCGGAGCGGGGCUAUAGAGGGCCACUGUGACACACACGGGCGUCCAGCGGCUGACCACUAGUGCUGCGACGCCCCUGUGUGUGUGUGUGUGUGUGUGUGUGUGUGUGUUCAGGAGCGUACAUGUGCAUGUGUGUGUGUGUGUGUGUGUGUGUGUGUGUGUGUGUGUGUGUACAUAGGGGCGCGGCACCCUAGGGGCGGCGCCCCCCGUGCUUUAAGAUAAUCUAGUCUUUCCUUACUGACGCUGUCCCUCAGAAUAAUACGAGUUCAUAAUCAUCAACUAUUUAUUAUGACGUUGUUUUGUAGGUCGUGGCUGUUAACGUGUUUGAUAUUCAGGGAGACCAUAACCCAGGGGGGGCGGCCUUCCCGGGGGACGCCGCCCCCCCAGGCCCCGGCACCGCUGGGCCCCUUAGUCAGUGUUUACAGGUGACACUUCAGCUACUUGUGCUACCAAUAAAGUCGACGUUUGUA